CCAUAGCAGCGGAUGGUGAAGCUGGUGAGCAGAUCCAGUGAAAACAAAGGAAGGGAGCAGAUGUCCUGAAGACAGAUGAACAUGAAUUACUACUUUAAAAUGAUACUAUCAUAAACCCAGGUAAAUGUUUAUCGUAUAAAAUGUAGAGGAAAUGGUCUGUGAUCGCUGGAGCAGGUCGCGCGCUGCUGUCCGGUAACAACGUAGGUGCUAAAGGGAGCAGUGGCUAAGUGAGGAGGCUGUCAGUCUACAGCCGUUAGAGCCACAGCAAUGAGGGGCCGGCGGUAGGAAGAGCUCUGCUACUAAACUACCCAGCACUGCAAAGACAUGAUCCUUUCCCUCGGAAGGAACGGGGUGAUUGGACUCGCUGUCGGAGCCGCAGCAGGCCUGGGAUUGAUCGCCCUCUUAUUUUACAAAGAGCGUCGCAGGAGAAGAACCCAAAGGCUGGGAUGGAGAGGCCAGCCUGCCGCUAAGCUGCUGGAUCGGGUGGAUGGAGCGGCGCUCCUCCAGGAGCCGCUGGAUCCUCAGGAGAUGGAGGCCCAGCAGCAGGCCUUGGCAGCCGUGGAGGCGGUGGUUCAGGGACUCUCUCCAGAGCAGCAGCUGGAACUCAGGAACCAGCUUGACCAGGUGCUGAACUGCGUGGCGUCGCUGCGCUCAGAGGUGGCUGAGCUCAGGGGCGGGCUGCAGGACAUCGCCCUACAAAUCAUUCAGGACGUGAAAAAGGGAGUGGAGGACAGUCAAAGGGUGCGUCGUCGGCGUCUUGUCAACAGGGGGCGCACUGAAUCUACCAGCUCCAGUUCCAUCUACUUUACUGCCAGCCAGGAUGUGGCCAGCACCAACGAGGAGACCAGCGAUGGAGGGUUCUCAACAGCCUGUGCCGAGUCCGAGUACACGGAUGGUGACAGCGACAGAGACGAAGAGCAGGACUCUGAUGAGGAGGAGAGAAGCUGUGCCACCGUCCUCACCCUGCGACAACAAGAUUCCCAAGAGGAAGAGGAACGGGAGUCUGUGGAGGAAGAGGAGGGGGAUGAAGGAAGGCUGUGGAUGGAGAGCCAGGUUCCUCACGGAGAGCUGGCUCUGCUUCUGGCUCAGAGCGACAUUCUUCACACUGGAGACGCCAAAUUAAAAGCAGAGGGCUUCCAGCUGCUGCUGGAGAACAGAGCACAGUACGGCGACAACAGAGAGUUUCUCUGGCGACUCGCUCGUGCUUACAAGGACAUGUACGAGUCAGCUGAGGACAAGCAGGAGAAGUCCCGCUAUGCACUAAAAGGUCGGGAGGAAGCAGAGGCGGCCCUGAGGAACCACAGCCUGAAUGCUGAGGGUCACAGAUGGUUUGCAUUGCUGACUAGACUCCGGUUAGAGAAGGAGAGCAUGCACAGCAAGCUUAAGAGUGGUCACAUACUGAAGGAGCAUCUAGACCGAGCGUUGGCCCUCAGUCACAGCGACCCAGUGUGUUACUACCUACUGGGGAGAUGGAGCUACGAGGUGGCUAUACUGGACUGGUUGGAGAAGAAGGCGGCCGCUGCCCUCUACCGGAGCCCCCCCACAGCCACGGUGCAGGACGCCCUUCAGAACUUCCUGAAGGCAGAGGAGCUCAGUCCCGCUUUCUCCAGGAUUAACAGACUCUACAUCGCCAAGUGUCACAAGGAGCUGGGGAACAUCUCUGAGGCCACGAACUGGACCAAGCUGGGCCUGAAGAUGACCGCUACCAACCUUCAGGAUGAAGAGUUGGAACUGGAGGCUCAGCUCCGGCUUUUAACCGACAGACAGACGAACUGACAGACGGGGAAACGAGUCCUGAUUCCAACGACCACAUUCUGCUGUUUUAUAUUUUUGAUGUGAGGUGGUGUUAACCUUGAUGUGUUUAUUUGGAUUAUAGUUAUGUAACCAUCA